AUGGCAGACAAAGUGCUUAUGGCAAAGGAACUAGAGGUAGAUUCCAAAACUGCGUCUGAGUCAAUAAGCAAGGUCAGUAAAAGUGGUUCAAACAAUGAAUCAGGUAAGACUGAUAAAGCUAAAAUUGAGAGUGAUUGCAAAAAUUGCAUGAAAGAUUGCAAAGUUUGCAGCACAAAUGCAUAUCUCACAGCCAAAAAGACUGAAGAACUGGUUGAAAAGGUCAAAAUGGUUGAAGAUCAAAUCUUAAGUAGAGAUAAACUUAUGAGAGCUUCAAAUGAGAGAAUAAAAGAAUUAACAGAGAGGAUUGAAAGAGAUAAAACUGAUCUGAAGAGAACAAUAAAAGAUUCUGAUGAGCGAAAUGGUAAAACAUCCAAAGAAAAUUUUCAAUUGUCUGGAGUUCUUCAGACAAAAGAAAGACAAAUCAACCAGCAUUUGGAUGAGAUUGCAAAUCUUAAGCUUCAGUUUCAGGAAGCUAAGAUUGAGAAUAAAAGAAUCAAUCUGAAACUGAACAGUUACAGCUCCGCGAGCUUUGUUCUUCAACACAUAGUUCCCCAACCAAUUGGGAAGAACCAAGCUGGUGAGGAUGUAUACUCAGAUGGAACCGGGAAAAAGUCUGGGUUGGAUAAUGAAGAUGAAACAAAUGAGAAAUUAAAUGAUGUUAAACUUCCAGAAACAAAUGAUGUCACAUUCACUUCAUCAUCUGAUGAAGAUAGUGAUCAAUUCGAAGUCGUAAAAAAUGUGGUUGAAAAUGUUUUAAAAUCUGACAGUGAUUCGACUGAAGAUGAAAGGUGCUUUUUGAAUAACUACAUUCCGAAAUCAAAAUCCCAAAAUAACUUAAGUGACAAACCUACUCUUGUCAUGUACAAGAUGUCUGGUUCAGAUAAGUUGUAUUCAGAUUCUGAAUUUCCACUUGAGAAUGUGAAUGUUGACAAGUUGAAGAAAGUGUUCAAAUUGGAGCUCCCGAGAUCUAUCUCACGUUGGAUUAUGGAUAGCGGAGCAUCCAGGCACAUGACAGGGAGAAAAGCCCUGCUUUACGAUGUUAUAGGGUUUAACGGUGGUUACGUUGGUUUUGCUAGUAAUCAAGGAGGACGUAUCAUUGGUGAAGGAACAUUAUCAAAUGGUGUUAUCACGUUUGAAGGAGUCAACUACAUAGCCGAGCUAGAAAACAAUCUUCUUAGCAUUUCUCAAAUCUGUGACCGAAUGUAUUCUACACAUUUCACUAAUAAAGAAUGUCUGAUCUUGAACCCAGGGUUUGUCAUCCCCUAG